UUUGUCAGCUCCCUGCAGUUCAGAAUUGAGGCAAAUACACUCCAGCAAACACCAUGCUGACCAGAUCUUCAGCUCUUCGAGGAUUUUUGUAUUUUCUCCUCUUGCCUAGUUUCUCCUGCUCCUGUCCUAGUCGCUGCCUGUGCUUCAGGGCUACAGUAAGAUGCAUGCAUCUGAUGUUGGAAACCAUCCCCGAUGUCCCACCCCAGACAAACAUACUAGAUCUACGUUUCAACCACAUCAAGGAGAUACAGCCUGGAGCCUUCAGGAAACUGAAGAACCUCAACACGCUGCUGCUGAACAAUAAUCAGAUAAAACAAAUUGUGAGAAGAUCCUUUGAACAUCUGGAGAACCUGAAGUACCUCUACCUUUAUAAAAAUGAAAUUCAGAGCAUCCAGCAACAUGCCUUCAAUGGGCUCCGUUCUCUGGAACAGCUCUACCUCCAUUUCAACAACCUGGAAAGCCUGGAGCUGGAGACUUUUAGUGAUCUGCCUAAACUUGAAAGGCUAUUCUUGCACAACAACAGGAUUUCCAGGAUUCAUCCAGGGACAUUCUCUCAACUGGAAUCCCUCAAACGGCUGCGGCUGGACUCCAACGCCUUGCUUUGCGACUGUGACUUGAUGUGGCUGGCUGAGCUGCUGAAGAAAUAUGCUGAGCAGGGCAGUAUCCAGACAGCUGCCACCUGCGAGGCUCCUCGGGAGCUGCACGGGCGCUCCAUUGUCACCUUGACUGCCCAGGAGUUUAACUGCGAGAGACCACGCAUAACCUCAGAACCUCACGAUGUCGACGUCCUCUUGGGAAACACAGUUUAUUUCACCUGCAGGGCAGAAGGCAACCCAAAGCCUGCAAUUAUUUGGCUGCACAACAAUAACGAGAUUGACAUGAAAGAUGACAACCGCCUGAACCUGUUACAAGAUGGUACCUUGAUGAUCCAGAAUACCAAGGAGUCAGACAAAGGCAUCUACCAGUGCAUGGCCAAGAACAUAGCUGGGGAGGUCAAGACCCAAGAAGUCGUUCUGCGCUAUUUUGGCACCCCAUCCAAGCCCACUUUUGUGAUCCAGCCACAGAACACUGAAGUGCUGAUUGGGGAAAGCGUCACUUUGGAGUGUGGGGUCUCUGGGCACCCCCACCCUCGCAUCAGCUGGACCCUUGGCACAGGCUCUCCUUUACCACAGGAUUCCCGUUUCGCUAUCACCAGCUCUGGAGGACUUUUCAUACAGAAUGUCACCUUCUCGGACCAGGGGCAGUACAACUGCAAUGCCAGCAACACCGAGGGGUCCAUCCAGGCGACAGCAAGGAUCAUAGUGCAAGAUUCUCCCAGGUUUCUCCUCAUCCCCACUGAUCAGACAGUAACUGAGGGACAAAGUGUGGAUUUCCCCUGCUCUGCCGAGGGUCACCCUCCACCUGUGAUUGCCUGGACAAGGGCAGGUGGGCCACUGCCGAAUGACCGGAGGCACAGCAUCCUCUCCACUGGUACCCUGCGAGUGAUGAGGGUUGCUUUGCAUGACCAAGGCCAGUACGAAUGCCAUGCCAUCAGUGCCAUUGGAGUGAGGACCCUCCCAGUACAGCUGUCGGUGACCCCACGAGUGAUACCCGUGUUCCUUCAUCCCCCUCAAGACGUGGUGGCAGAGACAGGCCAGGACGUUGCCAUUACCUGCACCGCCCAAGGAGAUCCACGGCCCACCAUAACCUGGGUCAAAGAGGGUAUCCAGAUCACAGAGAGUGGCAAAUUCCACAUAAGCCAAGAUGGGACCCUUUCCAUUCAAGACCUCGGCGUGGCUGACCAGGGCAGAUACGAGUGCAUAGCAAGAAACCCUUUUGGCUUCACCUCCAGCGCUAUGCAGCUCACCAUCACCGCCACGGAUGUCGGUCGGAGCGGUGACACGUUUGUAGCCACGUCGCUACGGGAAGCCAUCAGCAGUGUGGACCAUGCCAUCAAUUCAACACGCACCGAGCUGUUUAGCAAAUGCCCCAAGACACCCAAUGACUUGCUGGCUCUCUUCCGUUACCCUCGGGACCCCUACACCCUUGAAACAGCCAGGGCAGGUGAGAUAUUUGAAAGGACCUUGCAGCUGAUUCAGGAACAUGUGCAACAAGGUCUAAUCGUGGAUAUGAAUGUCACAGGCUACCGGUACAAUGACUUGGUGUCCCCUCACUACCUGAACAUGAUUGCCAACCUGUCGGGCUGCUCUGCCCACCGCCGCACGCCAAACUGCUCGGAUAUCUGCUUCCACAAGAAGUACAGGACCCACGAUGGGUCUUGCAACAACCUGCAGCACCCGAUGUGGGGUGCAUCUCUCACAGCCUUUCAGAGGCUUCUCAAACCUGCCUACCAGAACGGAUUUAACCUCCCCCGGGGGUUUUCUUUGGCAGAAGAUGCCAGGGACCUGCCCCUUCCUCUACCGCGCCUCGUCUCCACUGCCAUGGUUGGGACUGAGACCAUCACCCCUGAUGAUCAGUUCACGCACAUGCUCAUGCAGUGGGGGCAGUUUCUGGACCAUGACAUGGACCAGACGGUGGCAGCCAUUAGCAUGUCCCGCUUCUCAGAUGGAGCACCCUGCAGUGAGGUGUGCAGCAACGACCCACCUUGCUUCUCUGUCAUGGUCCCUGCCAAUGACCCCCGCGUGAGGAACGGGCGCUGCAUGUUCUUCGUCCGCUCAAGCCCCGUGUGCGGCAGCGGCAUGACUUCCUUGCUGAUGAACUCUGUCUAUGCCAGGGAGCAGAUCAACCACUUGACAUCUUACAUCGAUGCCUCCAAUGUUUAUGGCAGCACAGAGCAGGAAUCACGGGAGCUGCGGGAUCUGAGCAGCCAACAUGGGCUGCUGAAGCAAGGACAAAUUGUGCCCAGCUCGGGGAAACGUCUCCUUCCCUUUGCUGUAGGGCCACCCACUGAGUGUAUGAGAGAUGAGAAUGAGAGCCCCGUGCCGUGCUUCCUGGCAGGAGACCACCGUGCCAAUGAGCAGCUGGGUCUCACGGCCAUGCACACGCUUUGGUUCAGGGAGCACAACCGCAUUGCCACGGAGCUGUCGGCCCUCAAUCCCCACUGGGAUGGAGACCUCCUGUAUCACGAAGCACGGAAGAUUGUGGGUGCCCAGAUGCAGCAUAUCACCUAUGCCCAGUGGCUCCCCAAGGUCCUUGGGGAUGCUGGGAUGAAGAUGCUGGGUGAGUACAAAGGCUACAACCCCAACAUCAAUGCAGGGAUUCUCAAUGCCUUUGCCACUGCUGCCUUCCGCUUUGGGCACACCUUGAUCAACCCCAUUCUGUACCGGCUGAACGAAACCUUCCAGCCCAUCCGCCAAGGCCACAUUCCCCUGCACAAGGCCUUCUUCUCCCCUUUCAGAAUCACACAGGAGGGUGGGAUCGACCCUCUCCUCCGCGGGCUGUUUGGAGUCCCUGGGAAAAUGCGGGUCCCCUCCGAACUCCUCAACAUGGAGCUGACUGAGAAGCUCUUCUCCAUGGCACACUCUGUCUCACUGGACUUGGCUGCUAUCAACAUCCAGAGAGGGCGAGACCAUGGUAUCCCACCUUACAAUGACUUCAGGGUCUUCUGCAACCUCUCAUCUGCACAGGAGUUUGAGGACCUCAGAAAUGAGAUAAAGAACUUGGAGAUCAGGGAAAAGCUCAGGAGUUUAUAUGGAACUACCAAAAAUAUUGACCUGUUUCCAGCACUGAUGGUGGAGGAUCUUGUCCCUGGUACCAGAGUUGGACCAACGCUGAUGUGCCUGUUAACGACGCAGUUCAGAAGGCUGAGGGAUGGAGACAGAUUUUGGUAUGAGAAUCCUGGAGUGUUCACGCCGGCGCAGCUGACUCAGAUCAGACAGACAUCCCUUGCUCGUGUCAUCUGUGACAACAGCGACCACAUCCAGCAGCUCCAGAGAGAUGUCUUCCGGGUGGCGUCGUACCCUCAGGGCAUGGUCGGCUGUGAAGAGAUUCCCGCGGUGGACCUCCGCUUGUGGCAGGACUGUUGUGAGGACUGCCAGACACGUGGGCAAUUCAGGGCUCUUUCUCAACGGUUCCGAAGCAAGAGGUCUCCUGGCUUCAGCUACCCAGAAGAAAAUCCUGCCAAGCAUAAGCCUUCCUUCCACAGAAAUGAGGUGCCUUCUCCAAGCCCUUCCUCCAGAGAGAAUCUCGAGUCCCUUGUGGCUGAAUUGGAGAAGAGAGUUUCUUCCCUACGGAAACAGGUGAAUUCACUAGGGAGCCAGCUGAGGUGGCACCACAGGAACACCAGCACGCAUGGACAGGGGAAGAAGACUGGAGACAAAUGGAGGAAAAGAUGACCAUUUUGACUGUUCAUAUAAGGUGCCCUGUGCCCUGCACUCCUGCUCUCCACCAGCCAGUCCAACCCACUCCUACAGGGCUCAGAAACAGCAGCCACGAGACCCCAAGAUGCUCUGCCUCCUCUCACACCUCCUGAACCACUCCCUGUCCCAGGACGACUGUACUUCUGCCUGUAUUGAACCCUCUGCACUGACUGUCUAUGAGCCCCUCGACCAUUUGCCUCUGGGGAUGAGCUUUGCCCUCUUUGAUGGUGACAGACCAGCAGUCUGCCGAGAUGCCGCUUUCUUCCUUGAUCCCCAGGAAAUGGAGAAUAUUGAAGCUGCUUUAGUGCCACUGUUCUGCUCUUCUCUACCACGUGAUGCUGUUGUCAUCUACCACCCCUUGUCUGAAAUGUCCCAUGGGUACCCAACCAAAACAAUUCAUUAAGAGGCAAAACCUUUCUCAAAAGUACUGUGGUGUCAGGAAGCUUCUGGAGAAAUCUAAAAAAAAAAUUAUUUAAAUAAACAUGAAACCCAAAACAAACUCCCAGCCAUCUUCUCAUGCCAACAGAAAGAGCAAAAGGAACCUCCGGGCCCUGGCAAACACCGUUUGGGCUGGGCUUGCGGUCCCUGCCAGCAGCAGGGAGGUGAACCCAAGGCCUGGGGAAGUCUCCCGGCUGUUUGGGUGCUUCAGGAUGGGAUGCCAGACACAGCACACUGCGGCUGCCCGCGAUGCCAAGAUCAGCUGCUGUACUUUGCCAGUCAUUGGGUAACAAGUGGCACAUCCUCUGUUACAUGACCCAGCGAGUGACCUACCGUUACAUGCCCAGAGCUCAAAACCAUAUUCCUCAACUUGACCCGCAUUCUCCAACUUUCUGCCCCUUUAGGGGAUUAAUUGGAUUUAUGCUUCUCUUCCUUUUUUUCUUUUUUCCCCAAAAGGCUCUUUGCUGGAAGAUGUAUUUUGAGUGUAAACAUAACAGGACCUGGAACAGAACCGCAAAUAAUGAGAUGUAAUGGGUGCUCUCAUUAAUGGCGGGGAGCUGCUGGUUUCUGUCAAUUUGUACGGGAGAACACAAUGUGCAGUAUUUGACACAUGGGUGAAUGCAAAGUGCUGUUUGUGUUUAUUGCUCCCAGGUGCUCUGCAACUGAGUCAGGACUAUGUAGCCAGCUCUGCUGAACAGGUCUUCUGGUUUUGUUGCUCUUUGGAGGUGCUUUUUAGUGGUGCUAGAACUAAAGUCCCUGUGUAUCCACUAUAGCCCUAAAUCUGUGGACAGAUCAGUUUUUAAUACAUCCUUGUAAGCUGGUCACAGGGACUAAAGGGAAAAUACUUGAUCCAUUAGAUAUCUGUGCCUUCCUUAUCUUUCCUGUGCCCUCCCACCUUCCUCCCCACUGUGCAAGGAUCAGAAAUUUUUGUGAACUUGCUUGUUCUCUUCUUUUCCCCCUAUUUUUUUUUUUAGGUGUGUUAUAGUACCAAAGGGAUUCAAAGCAGCAGGGAUGCUCUUGGAAUUUAAUAGGAAAAUAAAAAAGAUACUAGAAAAAGGCUGUGA